AGUUCAUAUACCUGACUCGCGGUGCUCGUGUAACGGAUCGUUACUUGCGAAUAUUGAAGAAUCUCCAUCAUCGCAAGAGCACAAAGGCUUCUUCUUGUUCAUCACUGCAGAAACUAAAGAGCUGAGCGUAGCAGAUAUGGAAUGUGUGGUUCAGGGAAUUAUAGAGACUCAGCAUGUUGAGGCUCUAGAGAUUCUUCUUCAAGGACUAUGUGGUGUUCAGAGAGAACGAUUGACGAUACAUGAAAUAUGCCUUAAGAGUGGUCCACAUCUAGGUACUGUAGCCUCAGAGGUUCGACUCUUGUGUGAUCUAGAGCAAUCUGAACCUUCAUGGAGUGUUAGACAUGUAGGUGGUGCAAUGAGGGGUGCAGGUGCAGAGCAAGUUUCUGUUCUAGUUAGGUCAAUGGUGGAAAGCAAAACAAGCAAGAAUGCACUUCGCUUGUUUUAUGCACUGGGGUACAAGUUUGACCAUGAGCUGCUGAGAGUGGGAUUUUCCUUCAAUUUCUACAGGGGUGCACAAAUCACUGUGACGGUUGCAUCAAUCAAUAAAAUGCUGAAGCUGCACGCAACUGAUGAGGCCGUGCCAGUAACACUUGGUAUACAGAUGGUUGAAGUAAUAGCACCCGCAACUUCUGAAAACUAUACUGAAGUUGCUACUGCUAUGUCAUCCUUUUGUGAAUACCUUGCACCGCUUCUCCACCUGUCCAAACCAGGCGUUUCAACCGGUGUUGUUCCUACUGUUGCUGCAGCUGCUGCAGCUCUAAUGUCUGAUGGUGGGGGUACGACGUUGUAGUGUGCCUGCAAUGUUAUCUUUGUGAACACACUUGCUUCUGCAAUGUUACCUUUGUAAACAAACUUGCUUAAAUGCAAUAAAGAGACUAGAACAUGUGAAAAUUGACAUUGGAACAUGCCUUCCCAUUGCUUAUUUGCUUUAUGAUCGAUCAUAUACACGCGCAAUUUGAUUGUUC